AUGCAAAUACUAAAGUCUUUUUUAACUGAAAGACCUCCUAGUACUGGAAAAACCACCUUAGUCCAUCAGAUAUUGACUAAUGAUAAAAACUUCAACCCUAUUUUUAUUAACUGCCGUAGUGGACAAUUUGACUCUCCAGAAAAUGUAUACAAUUCUCUUUCCAGGCAAUUCAAAACAUUUUUUGAUAAACAAAAAGAAUAUCUAAAGAAUUUGCCAAACUUUGAGAUGGGAUUUAAGGCCAAUAUUCCUGAUUUUGAAUUAUCUUCUACUAAAAAAGAAAAGGAAGAAAUCACUUUUGCUAAAGUCAAUUGGAACUUUUGGAAUAGUUAUAAAUUACCACAACCCAUUUUGGUCAUUGAUGAAGCAAACAGAUUUAGUAGACUUGGUAACAGUCUGAAUGGAGGGCAAGAACUUCUCAAAUCAUUUCUUGACUGGCUGGUUUUAAAUACAAAAGAACAAAAAAGCUUUCAUGCUAUUCUUACUUCUUCUGAUUCAUUUUUUCUUGAUUGGAUCAUAAAUGAUUUGAGCAAGAAAGAAGCUGAAGAAUAUUUUGAAAAGCAUGUUCUUCCUCGAUAUGAAUGCAAAGAGCUUGAAGGCAAAUUUGACCAGGUUUGCAAAAUAACAGGCACACGUAUGUUGAUUAUUGACAUGUAUGUUGGUGAAUACGAAAGAUCUAAAGGGAAGCUUGCAGAUAGGGACUUUUCAGUCUAUGAAUUAGAAUAUGAUAAGUUGUACUGUGGUCUCAAUCCUAAUGAAUUGCAUCCGUAUAAGUCCAGACCACCACUUUGGAAAGAUGAUGAUUUAAUCAAAACUAUGGAAGCAAUAGUAAAUGCAAAGAACUAG